UUGAUGAAGUCCAUUUGUAACCCAACGUAAUCAACUCGAUUUAAAGGCUGUGGCUCAGAGUCUCUCCUGUUGCGGCGAUAGCCACGAUAGCCUGUGUUAUUUUAAAUCAAAAGUGACGUCUCGGAUGAGAGGAAGCAUUGGGAAGAACUUGUAACGUGAAUUGAGAUCUUACGAACAAGACUAAGCGUUGAGAAGAUGGAGCCCAUGACUCUAGGCAGCCCAGUGGGGUCUCCAACAGCUACAGCACAGAUUCCUCCAGUCAGCAGCACCGGCAGUCCCUUUUUGCCUUCGUUCCUUAUGGGUGAUGUUGCAUCCCCUGCUGGGCCGGGAGGACGUGUAGGAGGUGGAGGUGGAGCAAGCCCCAAUAAAACUACACGGCAGUUCUCCACUUCCACAUCAGUGUCUUCCCCUGGCUCUCCACAGCCCACAAAGGAUCCAUUCUUCCCCACCAGAUUGGGACCUGAUAAGCCGGGAGGACCUCCAACCCAGAGCCUUAUGGGGAUGCGUGGGCCACCCAGCCUGCCCCAGUCCCCAAUCCCUACCCGUUUAGGGAGCCCCUAUGUAGAUCAGCGAAUACUAGGUAGGAUUAAUUUAUCAAUUUUUUUAAUAAAGAUGCUUUAUGUGCAACUGUAAGUUGAUAAGCUGUUC